AUGGAUCAGAGUUGGAUGUAUAAAAAACGCAAUACACUUGAAUAUGUUCAUGGGGUUCAAGAGUUUGUUAAAAUUGCCGAGGAAUAUGCAAGUAAAAUUGGUGAAAAUUAUAUAGUGUGUCCUUGUUAUGAUUGUAGAAAUCUAAAAAAGUUUCGUAGUUCUGAACAAAUUAAGGAACAUUUGAUACGUCGUGGUUUUAAGAUAGGAUAUGACCGGUGGAUAUGGCAUGGUGAAACUGUCCUUACUAGUAACUGUAAAAAUCAAAGAGAAUGUAGAAAAAAUGUAGAGAAAGAUCAAAGUAAUGAAGAUAAUGUUGGAAAUGAUGGAGACAAUGAUCGGCUAGAUGAAUUGAUGCGGGAUAUGCAAGGGGAUUUGAAUGAAAUGCCUCAAGAGUUUGAAAGUUUUUUUGAGAGUUCUGGAAAACCUUUGUUUUCUGGAUGUAGUAAAUUUACAAAGUUAUCAGCAGUGCUUAAAUUGUAUACCGUAAAAGCAAAACAUAGGUGGAGUGAUAAGAGUUUCACGGAGCUAUUAGAGCUUUUAAAGGGCAUGCUUCCAAAUGAGAAUGAACUUCCUUGUUCAACUUAUGAGGCAAAGGAAAUGUUAUGUCUGUUGAGUAUGGAGAUUGAAAGGAUCCAUGCAUGUCCAAACGACUAUAUUUUGUAUUGGAAUCAAAACAAAGACUUGCAUGUGUGUCCAAAGUGUGGAGCAUCGCGUUAUAAACGAAAAGGGCUCGAUGAUGCAUGUGAGCAGAAGAAAGGUCCUCCAGCGAAGUUGUUGUGGUAUCUACCGGUGAUUCCAAGAUUCAAACGUUUGUUUUCAAAUGCAAAGGAUGCGAAGAAUUUGCAAUGGCAUGCUAGUGGGAGAAAAGAAGAUGGAAAGUUGAGACAUCCUGCCGAUUCUCCUCAGUGGAAGAACAUUAACAAGAAGUUUCCUGAUUUCGGUGCUGAAAAUCGAAAUCUUAGGCUUGGACUAUGCACGGAUGGAAUGAAUCCUCAUGGUAACAUGAGCAGUCGCCAUAGCACUUGGCCAGUUCUUUUAACAGUUUACAAUCUUCCUCCGUGGUUGUGUAUGAAGCGCAAGUACAUCAUGUUAUCAUUGCUAAUAUCUGGUCCUAAACAACCAGGAAACGACAUAGAUGUGUACUUGGCACCGCUUAUUGAAGAUUUAAAGAUGUUGUGGAAUGAAGGUGUGACAGUAUUUGAUGUUCAUAAUCAAACCAACUUCACUUUACGAGCCAUGCUGUUCUGCACAAUCAAUGACUUCCCAGCAUAUGGUAACUUGUCAGGGUAUACUACUAAAGGGGCUAAGGCAUGCACUGUUUGUGAAGAUGAAACAGUUGAUCUUUGGUUGAACAACAGUAGGAAAAAUGUGUUCAUGAGUCAUCGAACCUUUUUACCUAUUGACCAUCCUUAUCGAAAGAGGAAAAAAACUUUCAAUGGAAAAUCUGAGACUGGAGUUGCUCGCUUACCAUUAUCAGGGGAUGUUGUUUAUGAUCGAGUGAAAAACAUUGAUAAUGUGUGGGGAAAAACUUCAAAAACAAGUCAAAAGGGUAUUUGGAAAAAGAGGUCUAUAUUAUGGGAUUUACCAUAUUGGGAGCACUUAUCUGUUCGACAUUGCCUUGAUGUAAUGCAUGUGGAGACAAAUAUUUGUGAUAGCAUUAUCGGGAUAUUGUUGAAUAUUCAAGGUAAGACGAAAAAUGGUAUUAAAGCUAGAAAAGAUAUGGUAGAAUUGGGGAUAAGGACUCAAUUAGCAGCACAAGAAUCUGGAAAGAGGGCAUACUUACCUCCAGCUUGUUAUACUCUGUCUAAAAAGGAAAAAACAAGUUUUUGUAGCUGUCUAAAUGGUGUCAAGGUUCCUUCUGGCUAUUCAUCUAACAUUAAAAAGCUUGUUUCAAUGAAGGACCUUAAAUUGGUUGGUAUGAAAUCACAUGAUUGCCAUGUGCUAAUGCAACAUAUGUUACCUAUUGCUAUUAGAGGCAUAUUACCUAACCAUGUUAGACAAGCAAUUACAAAGCUUUGCUACUUUUUCAAUGUCAUUAGUAGUAAAUUUGUUGAUCCUGAGGUGUUGGAUUCUUUGCAAGCUGAUGUGGUAGUAACUUUAUGCCAGUUUGAAAUGUAUUUCCCUCCUUAA